GCGGGCCGAGCAGGCAGCGUGCAGACGGGCGGGCGGAGCUGGCGGGCAGCGGCGGCCAGCCGGCAGGCAGGCAGUCUGCAGGCAUUCGGCCCACGCAGCUGGGAGUCGGGCAGUACAGUACGAGUAUAGUGUUAGUGUUGCCCGCCUGAGCCACGAGACCGGUUCUGAGGAUGCCGGGGCUGCUGGUCCUGCUGGCCUGGGCGGCCUUGCUGCUGUCCCUCGCGCUGGCGCUCCGCAACCGCCGAAGGAAUGCGCUCAUCGCCAAGCUCCCCGGGCCGUGGCUGUUCGUCCCGCUGGCGGGCAACAUGCUCGAGCUCAUCGUCCAAGUCAUCUGGCUGAAGGGAGACCUAGUCGAGCUCGGAACCAAAAACGUCCGGAAGUACGGCCCCAUCUUCAGGCUGUGGUCCGGGCAUCAGCCCGUUGUCCUCAUCAGUGGACCGGAGGACGCCGAGGUCGUGCUCACCCACCCAGCGGUGGCUGAUAAGGGCCAGAACUACAAGCUCUUGUCAUCGUGGCUCGGGGACGGGAUCCUUCUCGCGGGAGGUGCGAAGUGGCACUCCCGGCGCAAGAUGCUGUCGCCGGCCUUCAGCGUGCGCGUCCUGGAGCAGUUUGUCGCGCUCUUCAACAAGCACUGCGCCAUUCUGGAGGACAAGAUGCUCGCGCUCGCGGGCGGGCCACCAUUCGACAUCACACCCUUCAUGAGCUUGUUCGCGCUCGACGUCAUAAGUGAGACUUCCAUGGGCGUCCAGAUCCACGCCCAGACACAGGAGGACUCGGAGUACGUGCGCGCCGUAAAGACGGCCUGCCGCUGCUUCCUCGUGCGCCAGGUGUUCCCCUGGCUGCGGUCCGACACCCUCCUGGCGCUCACCGCCACAGGGAAGAGCCUGAGCGAGGCCACCGGGGUGCUGCGGGGCAUGACCACCAAGGUGAUCGACCAGAGGACUUCCGAGGUGGCCUCCAGCGUCAGCAGCAGCCAGCCCGAGGAAGAGGACGACAUCGGGCUCAAGCAGAGGGCCGUGCUGCUGGACCACAUGCUGACCCUGCGCGGCCGCGGCAUCACCGACGAGGAUAUCACGGACGAAGUCAGCACGUUCAUGUUUGCCGGUCAUGACACGACCAUGACGGCGCUCUGCUUCACCUUGCACCUGCUCUCGCUGCACCGGGGCGUGCAAGAGCGGGUGUUCCAGGAGGUGCGCGACGUGGUGGGCGACAGCGGCCCCGUCACCGCGCAGCACCUCAACGAUCUCAAGUACCUCGAGUGCGUCAUCAAGGAGGUGCUGCGGCUGUACCCCAGCGUGCCCGUGAUCGUGAGAGACUGCAAGCAGGAGUUCGACUUGCCGAGUGGCUACACCAUCCCCGUCGGCUCCCAAGUGGGCAUCGACAUCUUCCACCUGCACCGCAACCCCGCCGUGUUUCCCCGCCCGCUGGAGUUCGACCCGGACCGCUUCCUGGAGGGCGGGCCAGCGCACCGCUUCGGGUACCUGCCCUUCUCCGCCUCGCAGCGUAACUGCAUAGGUCAGCGCUUUGCCAUGAUGGAGAUGAAAACGGUCCUGGCGCGGUUGGUGCGCUCCUUCCGCAUCCUGCCUCCGAGCGACGACUACCGGCUGCAACUCAAGAUCGAAAUCGUCCUCGGCGCGCAGGGCGGCUACCUCGUGGCGCUGGAGAGGCGAUGAGACCGCAGUAUUAUUCAUUUUUGUUAUUAUUAUUUUUAUUACUAAAAGUUUUCAUCCAAAA